UUUUUUUGGCGUUGGAAGCAGCGGGCUUUUCAUCUCCCCGUGGAACGAAAGCGCAAGAGACAGAGACACGAAACGGGAGAGGGAAAGAGAGAGAGAGACAGACGCGCGGAGGAAAAUGGGAAAGUGGAGGAUUAUGGCUUUCGCGACGGUGUGCCUGUGCCUGCUCACGCUGACCUGCGCAAACUUCCCCGCGGCUUCGGGAAGCAGACACACCGUGCACUGGAACAGCAGCAACAUCCAUUUGCGGCGAGAGGGCUACACCGUGCAGGUGAACGUGAACGACUACCUGGACAUCUACUGCCCGCACUACAACACCAGCCAGCGGGGCCCCGCCGAGCAGUACGUGCUCUACAUGGUCAGCUACCGCGGCUACCGCACCUGCGACCCGCAGCUGGGCUUCAAGCGCUGGGAGUGCAACCGGCCGCACGCGCCCCACGCGCCCAUCAAGUUCUCCGAGAAGUUCCAGCGCUACAGCGCCUUCUCCCUGGGCUACGAGUUCCACGUAGGACACGAGUACUACUACAUCUCUACGCCCACACACCACCACGGCCGCAGUUGCCUCAGACUGAGAGUCUACGUCUGCUGCUCCACAGCCUCUCAUGUUGAAGAUGAUCCCUUCCAGCCUACUGAGCCAGACUUCACACUCAGACCCAGUAUCAAAAUCCAGGACCUAGAUGAGUAUCACCCUGAGGUUCCCAAACUGGAGAAGAGUGUGAGCGGGAGCAGCCCAUCCCGGGAUCAGCUCCUUCUCACCGUGGCGACGCUCUUCCUCGCCGCCCUCUCCGUCUCCUAGCAGCCGCCUCCCUGCCGUUGCCACGGUCCCCCAGCCCCCGGAAUUCAGAUGCUGGAAGCGGUCCUGGGGCGGGUGGAUGAUGGGUGGAUGGAUGGAUGCAUAGCGAGAAGAUGGAGGAGUGGACGGAGAGACUAAAAGACUCCAAUGAAUGAAUAAAUGAAUGGAUGGAUGGAUGGAUAAAGACGGGGACAAGAGGGCAGAGAGUGGACCGUGCGGAGAGAGCUGGACGAGGAUGGACUUUGGAUGGACAUGUCCUUAGGGUGCUCAUGUGCUUAGUAGCAGCGUGGACAGUGUGUCUUGCUGGACUCGCACACCUUUAACUUGCUCAGUGUGUGAUGCAUUAGAUGCCUUUCUCUGUGCCGUGUGUGUGUGUGUGUGUGUAUGUGUGUUUGUUUGUGUGCCGUGUGUUUGUGUGUGUGUGUGUGUGUGUGUGUGUGUUUGUGUGUGUGUGUGUGUGGUGAGCUGUGUGUGCUUGUAUGUUUGCCUGUGUGUGUACGAAAGUGUUUGUGCUUGUGCGUGUGUGUGUUUACUUGCCAAAACCAUAGCAUCAUAUUGCAGAAUAAGCCUCUGCCCUCCAUGCCUUACCCACUCUGUCUUUCUUUCACAUACACUACACACACACACCCACACACAACCACACACGCACGCACACACACUCUCUCACAAUUACAUUGGCAGCUCAGAUUGUCUGUUUGUGGAGUGCAAAGGGAUGUUGCUUUUGUCUGAAAUGGUGUUAAUAGAAACUGCCAUCAGAAUGACCAUUCUCUCCAUGGUCCAGCUCCGUCCUGUGACUGACCAGAUGUAGCUUG